UGCAGGAGGGCCAGGAGUGUGACCCAAUGGAAUGGCAGGACUCGCUCCCUGCGGCUGGCGGAGCCAAUGGCUUCCUUUCGCCUGCUCCCUGGCAGCUCCACCUCCUACGGGCCGCAGAGCCUGAGUGCUGGCCCCGGUGACAGGUUCCCGCGGCCGAGGGGAAGAUGGCGGCGGCCUUGGUGCUGGCUGCCGGGCUGCGCGUGGCGCGCAGGGUUGUGGCGGUCGCAGGGCCGCGGGGGGCGCAGGUCCGAAGAGCUGCAGGUGUGAAUGAUGGGAAUGAAGUGGCCAAGGCCCAGCAGGCAGCUCCUGGGGGAACAGCCCCAACCAUCUUCUCCAGGAUCCUGGAUCGAAGCCUCCCAGCUGACAUUCUAUAUGAGGACCAGCAGUGUCUCGUAUUCCGUGAUGUGGCUCCUCAGGCUCCUGUGCACUUCCUGGUCAUUCCUAAGAAACCCAUUCCUCGGAUUAGCCAGGCUGAAGAAGAAGACCAGCAGCUUCUAGGACACCUUCUCCUUGUGGCCAAGAAGACAGCAAAGGCUGAGGGGCUGAAAGAUGGAUACCGACUUGUGAUCAAUGAUGGGAAGCUGGGAGCACAAUCUGUGUAUCACCUGCACAUUCACGUACUUGGGGGCCGACAGCUCCAGUGGCCUCCAGGUUGAACCUACCAACUAACCAAGGACCCCAGAUCUGGAUGCUUGGAUGGGGUGGAGGGAAAGGGACCCCGUGAUGUUUAAAUAAACUUGCUUUCCCUCAA